AUGACAAAAAGAGUAUACUUUGUCGCCCACGGCGGCACGGUGCAGGGAGUUGGUUUUCGAUACUUUACGCGGAAGCGGGCGCGGGCAUAUGGCCUAACGGGCUGGUGCCGCAACACCACCGACAACAAGGUCGAAGGCGAAGCGCAAGGCGAGGAAUCUUCUGUCGAAAAGUUGAUGAAGGACGUCGACGAAGGCCCUAGUGGCGCCACCGUCGUUAAGCUCACCCAGGAAGCGCGUGAUGCUAUCGCCGACGAGGCAGAGUUUACCGUUCGACAUUGA